UCUCUUUCUCUCUUGCCCUCUUUCUACUUCGUUCUUUACUUUUCUCUCUUCUUUUUCUUUCUUUCUUUCUCUUUUCAUUUCUUUCUCUCUCCUCUCCCUUUUUCCCUCUCUUUUUCUCUAUUUUAUUAUUCUCUUUUUUCUUUUUCUGUUUGUUUCUUUUUUCCUCUAAUUAUUUCUCUCAUUUCUUUUUUGCUUUCCCUCUCUCUCUCUCACUUUCCCUCUGUGCUUCUCUUCCUUGCUUUCUUUUUCUCUCUUUUUCUUUCUAUCCAUUCUUUUCUUUCUUUCUUCUUUUUUAUUUUCUUUUUUCUAUUUUUCUCCCUCUUUUUUUCGCUCUCUCUUUCUCUGUCUCUCUGCCUCCCUCCCUCCCUCCUUCUUUCUUUCUCUUUCUUUUUCCCUUCUAUUAGGUUACAAUAUUUAUGUUCCUUCAGUCCAGCUUUGGGUGCCAGUCUGGGACCCUUCCCCAUUUGGUGGGGGCAUCAACCUGCCCCACAUAUCAAAAUGUUAGAGCUUGGGUGAUAACACCCCACCUCCCAUUUUGCAACCUUUAACCCCCAUCCCACUCCAUGAUACCCCUGUAGUUACAUGCACCCUCUCCAUGCAGAUGAAGUAAUCACAGAUGCAAAUGACAUUAUCCACAUAAUUUGCAUAAUGGCUUCAUGUUGCCUGCCUGGGACAUUGUGUGGCUUGUCCCCAACCUUGGAUCGGCGUUUCCACCAGCUGGGAAACGGGUGUCGCAACACGAUUAAGUUUUGAUCAUUUUCCUUUAUUACUCAAACGACCCUAAAAUUUCUCUUCAUGCAAAUAUGAAGGGCAGUUUGCAAUGGCUGAAAAAAAAAAUGCAAUUGGCUAGAUUCGAAUCAAGGGCCCAAACCAGGGGUGAAAUCCAGCAGGUUCUGACAGGUUCUGGAGAAUCGGUAGUGGAAAUUUUGAGUAGUUGAGUAAUUCUCCCAGCCAGCAUGCUUUAAGAGGGGCGGACUCCAACUCCCAGAAUCCCCCAGCCAGCAUGCUUUCAGAGAAGACUUCCACUCCCAGAAUCCCCCAGCCAGCAUGCUUUAAGAGGGGCAGACUCCAACUCCCAGAAUCCCCCAGCUGGCAUGCUUUAAGAGGGUUGGACUCCAACUCCCAGAAUCCCCCAGCUGGCAUGCUUUCAGAGAAGACUUCCACUCCCAGAAUCCCCUAUCCAGCAUGCUUUAAGAGGGCUGGACUUCCACUCCCAGAAUCCCCCAGCCGGCAUGCUUUAAGAGGGGUGGACUCCAACUCCCAGAAUCCCCCAGCCGGCAUGCUUUCAGAGAAGACUUCCACUCCCAGAAUCCCCCAGCCGGCAUGCUUUAAGAGGGGUGGACUCCAACUCCCAGAAUCCCCCAGCCGGCAUGCUUUCAGAGAGGAGGACUUCCACUCCCAGAAUCCCCAAUUCAGCAUGCUUUAAGAGGGGUGGACUCCAACUCCCAGAAUCCCCCAGCCGGCAUGCUUUAAGAGAGGUGGACUUCCACUCCCAGAAUCCCCAAUUCAGCAUGCUUUAAGAGGGGUGGACUCCAACUCCCAGAAUCCCCCAGCCGGCAUGCUUUAAGAGGGGUGGACUCCAACUCCCAGAAUCCCCCAGCCGGCAUGUUUUCAGAGAAGACUUCCAGUCCCAGAAUCCCCUAUCCAGCAUGCUUUAAGAGGGGCAGACUCCAACUCCCAGAAUCCCCCAGCCAGCUGGCUGGAGAUUUCUGGGAGUUGAAGUCCACAAGUCUUAAAAGUGGCCAGGUUUGGAGACCCCUCUGGCCACGAGGCUGGGCUUUUGAGGAGGGCCUCUCUGGGGGUCUAGAGGGGAUCAUGGAGUGGAGAAGCAGCUUCUAAAACUGCUGCUGGCAGAGUUUCUCCUGGGCCAAGAAUGAGGCGUGUCUGGAUCCGUCCUGGGAGGAAAGAGGAACUGGGUGUGUGGAGGUGGGGGGAGGGCUCAGCCCUACAUGCUCCCUUCCCCAAUGGGUCAACCGGACGGAGACAAUGUCAGCCGGAGCAAACCAGGAAGGUCUUCAUGUCAGGGCGUUCCGGUGUGAACCAUGAUUUGGAUCAAGCCGAGUUUCAUCCUGGUUUGUUUUUGAAGCGUCCGAAACUUCUGAAACUCUGGCCCAACUCGGCGUCUCUGCCUUCUCUCCUUUUCCAACGGGAUCUUCCCAGGAGAUGAGGAUCUCGGAGGUGGUCUCCUCACUACUCAGGGUCGAGGAGACGUUUUCCGCGCAUCUGGCGCGGAUCAACGCUGUGGUUCUGAAGCCCCUUCUGCAAAUAGGGUCUUUGGAGAAUGUAAAGUUCUUUUUCCUGUUAAACGACCACUUCCAAGCGAUCUGGCAUCUGACGGAGGAGAACUACAGGACGCUAAAGGAGACGUACAGCACCUCCGAAUCUGUUUGUGUCCCUGACGUGUAUCUCGUCUGCGACGCGGACUCGUUCCUGAAUGCUUAUGUCCAGUAUUUCUUCACAUUUGGUACUUGCGUGGUGUUGCAAAAUUUUGAACAGGCAUCCAGGAGUAAAAGCGAUGUCUGGAAGUUGCAGAAACCCGCCCUGUGCGAAUUCCUUGCUGAUUUCUCACCUGACAGCUGUCUGGCCAUAGGGCUUUACACCGUGUUGCAGAAGCCAUUCCGAGACCACCUGCAGCGAUACGCCAGCGUCCUCGCCAAACUCAAGACAGCCACAGGCCAGGGCUUAGAGAAAAAAACAGUAUCUGAUGCUUCUGAAAAGUUUGCAAAGCUGCGUUCGUACGUCAGCCGAAUCAUGGACGAAGCUGGCUUCACCGUCGCCUUGUGGAAGUCCGUGGGAACUAAGUUCACGGACGUCCUUUGCACCCCCGAGAGACGGUUGCUGGAAGACAGCGAAAGCCUCCCCAUCUUCACCAGCUCCGGCAGAACGGACCGUAUCCUUCUCUUUAACGACGCCCUGGUGCUGAUCCAGGGGAAUAACUUCCAGAGUUUUGAUCUGAAGCUUCUGUGGGUUGAGGCAACUUCCAGCGAAACAGGAAACCAUACUUUAAACAUUGUGACUCCAGAAGAAAAUUUCUUCCUGUUGGCCAAAGGACCAGAAGCCCGAGCGGUGUGGCAAUGGAAGAUCCGCCGGGCAGUGGUCCAGGCCUUGGCGGACAAGAGAGACGUCUUCGUGUGGGGCGAUGAGGGCAAAACCUUCUCCCCCCCGCUCUGCCGCUUUGCCACUUUCACAUUCAGGGCCGAAGGGCGGUUCAAGAGCGCCACGUACGAGGGGGACUGGUGCUUGGGGAAACCCCACGGAAAAGGGAAACUGACGUGGCCCAACGGCCAGAAUUUUGCAGGAGAUUUCAAAAAAGGCUUGGAAAACGGGUUUGGGAUCUGUUUGAUCCCUCAAGGAUCCAGUGACCACUACGAUUGCUACAAAUGCCACUGGCGGGAGGGCCAGAUGAAUGGCUACGGUAUCUGUGAAUACGGCAACGAGAUGGUCUACAAAGGGUAUUUCAAGGACAACAUGCGUGAAGGUUUUGGCCUUCUGGUUAGCCCCCUGAAUACCGACCAUCCAUUUAAGUACACAGGACACUGGACGAAGGACAAGAGAACGGGUUAUGGUGUCUGGGAUGACAAGGAGAGAGGUGAAAGAUACAUUGGGAUGUGGGAAAACGACCAGAGGCAUGGACCAGGAAUUGUGGUGAUGCAGUCAGGGGUCUGUUUCCAAAGGACUUUCCACCUGGAUAAAAUGGUGGGAUCCGGGGUUCUGAUUCUGGAGGAUGAUUCCAUCUACGAGGGAAAUUUCACGAACGACUUCAAGUUUGUUGGCAAGGGAAAACUGACAUUUCCAAAUGGCUUCGUUCUGGAGGAAACCUUCGCCAACAAAUCUAGAGAAGGACUACAGGUGCCAGGAGUGAGGAGCCAUUCUGGAGAUCCACAGGCUGUCACCAAAUCUGCUAUCCAGCUAGGUCAGGAAGACUUCCCGGUGGAGAAGCGAUGGGAAGACCUCUACGACCAGUUUCUGGCGUUUGUCCACGCGGGAGGCCAAGCGGACGCCGAAGAAUCGUUCAUGGGGUUUCACGUCCAGACGAGUCGCGAACUGCGCAAAUCUCAGGAGAAUCUCUUCUGCAACGGGGGAACUGCAGAAGCCUCCGAGAAAACGGACUUUCUUGAAGAACUAAUAAAACACCAGGAGCCAGAAGCUCUGCUGAGUUAUUUGCAACAGGCUCUGGGAUCCUCCUUACAUCCUUUAGGGAAAUUGCUGAAAACUCUGGUUUUGGUGUUUCAGUCCACUUAUUCUGGCAUCGGGGCUAACAAGCAUCUCUUGAGAAUGGCCCAAGAAGAGGUCAAACACUACGCCAAGAAAAUAUGGGAAUUUUAUCAAAGCUUGUUGCAACUUGCUUUCAAGGUCAAAAGCUUCAAUUCCCCCCAAAACACAGAAAAAAGGGACGUGGAAGGAAGUUCCGUCAUUCUGCCUCUCAUCCUCCCAUAUUUCUACCCGGAUCUCCUGAUGCUCUACAUGGUCACCCACGAGAAGCAGGACGAGGUUUAUUGCCAGGGAAUCACCAACCUCAGCCGCUUCUCCGACACGACGCUCCUGGAAUACCUGGAUGUGCAGAAAGACUUCUGGCCCCUGAAAGACCUCACCCUCACCAGUAACCAAAGGCAGUCGCUGGUGAAGGAUCAUUGCUUUCUCUCUGCAACUGAAUGUCUGCAGAAACUGAUCGCUACCAUGGACCCCCAGGAAAAACUGGACAUAAUCCAGCAGACGUACGAGGAGAUUGAGGAAACGAUAAACCAACUUUUGGGGAAGGAAUGUAAUCUGCCAAUGGACGAUUUACUGCCUCUGCUGACCUACGUGGUGACACGGGCCAGCAUCCAACAUCUAGGAGCAGAAAUUCACUUGAUCAGAGAUCUGAUGGAUCCCACAAAUGGUGGAAAACAUGACUUCCUCCUGACAGCACUAGAAUCCUGCUACCAGCUUAUCCAGGAGAUAAGACUUCCUUGAACGGCGCGUGACUCCUGAAAGACUACACAACCCAUCAUCAACAGCCAAUAGCAGUUGGGAGAAUUUAUUCUGAUCAUGCCUAGAAAACGGACUGGACAUUUUGCUGCUGUUGCUUAUUUUUUAAAAUUAAUAUUUGUCUUUCCUAUGGGAAGUACCGUAUGUUCAUUCUUUUAAGGGCGCUUUCAAUUUCUUCAAAAUUGAAUCAAUGACCAGAGCUUGCUUGAAAUUGACGGAAGAAAAGAUAGGGUAAGGCUACAGUUCAUUUAGUGACCAUUCAAAGUCAUUUUUCACACUUAACGACCAUUGCAGCAUCCACUGUGGACAAGGGAUCAAAAUUCAAACGCCCGGCAACUGUCUCGUAUUUAUGACUGUGGCAGUGUCCUAGGGAGGGGGGGGUGUCAUGUGAUUCCUCUUUUGCAACUUUCUGGUGAGCACAAUUAAUGGGGAAGCUGGAUUCGCUUAACGACCGUGGUAUUAAUUGAACAGCUGCACUUACUCACUGAAAUAAAAAUUCAACAAAUAAAUUUAAUAGAAGUGAACGCAUUCAAUAAACUUGGUAGAGAAAUGUAAUAAGUAAAUAAAUUCCAGAUUCGUUAAAUUAUAAUAAACUUAGUAAAUUCAAUAAAUUUAGAAAAUAAUUACGUUUAGUAAAUUUAAUAAAUAUAAUUUUUUUAAAAAAAUCAUUAAUUAUAUCGCCAGACUAGGGAACUGUUCCUAAAGGUAAACCAGUUGCCAAGUUCCUGCAGUGCGAUUGGAUGACCUCAGGAGGGUCCAUUGGAACGGUCAUUAAGUGAGGACUUCUGUAAGGAGAUUCAAUAUAGGUAGUCCUUGACUUACGACCGUAAUUGAGCCCAAAAUUCUCUUUAAGUGAGAUAUUCGCUAAGUGAAUUUUGCCCCAUUUUACGAACUUUUCCUGCCACAGUUAAGUGAAUCACUGCAGUCGUUAAGUCAGUCACGUGGUUGUUAAGUGAAUCUGAUGCUCCCCACUGACUUAUCUGAUCAGGUCGCAAAAGGGGAUCAAUUGUGAUUUGUUUUUAAAAACGGGUAUUUUAAUUAGUAUGGGCCAAAUUUAUUUAAUACGUUUUAAAUUGUUUUUUAAAUUUUGUACUGUAUGUGUUUUAUCUUGGCUGUUCACCGCCCUGAGUCUUUCGGGAGUAGGGCGGUAUAUAAAUCUAAAUAAACUGAAACUGAAACGUGACUCCAGGACACUUCGACCAUCAUCUGUUUUUCAGAGUGCCAUUGUAACUUUGAAAGGUCACUAAAUGAACUGUUGUAAAUGGAGGACUACCUGUGUAGUGUUUUUUUUUCCUAUGUUCUUUGCACUUUACCUUCUGCUUACGUCUCAUGGAUGUAUUUUUGCUGGUCAAUCCCCCAAAUCCCAUUUUUUUUAACAGAUUAAAACAUUUCUCUUGAGAGCUGCAGUCCGUUAAGGGCAGAAUUCUCAUUUUUAUCCGUCCUAUUUUAACACCCCUUGCUGCUUAUACUGAUUAAAAUAGAAGGAACAGGAUCCUAAGGAUGGAGAGAUUUAAGGCUCUCAAAAUGAUCCACCAAAGGGAAGGGGGGAAAAAACCCUCUUAAUUAUGAAGUUGCAAAGAGAUUUUCUACAACUACCAAUAUUUCAUACUGGAUGCUAAAUUUGGUUGUUUUUAAAAAAUUUUUUGCAACAGAUUGGUUUUGGGACCAAUUUUUGCAACAGAUUGGUUAAAUGUCACAAGCAUUUAAUUCGUUUUUCUCCAUGGUCAACUUCUCCCAAGUACCAGACAAGAUUAUUUCCCAGACAUUAGAAAUGCAACUCUAAUUUUUCCUAAUCGACUCCAGAGGAAAUUCUGGUCUUUUGUAGAGUUUAUUGACUGGGUUUUAUAUUUAAAAAAAAACAAAAAAUUAAUAAACUGCCUAAUGUGUUCUCAA